AUGACCAUAGAGAGGGGAGGGCAACACAGAGCCCAGAGACCAGAGCGGACCACGAGGAGCCCAGAGACCAGAGCGGACCACGAGGAGCCCAGAGACCAGAGCGGACCACGAGGAGCCAAGAGACCAGAGCGGACCACGAGGAGCCAAGAGACCAGAGCGGACCACGAGGAGCCCAGAGACCAGAGCGGACCACGAGGAGCCCAGAGACCAGAGCGGACCACGAGGAGCCAAGAGACCAGAGCGGACCACGAGGAGCAGAGACUGUCUCUGUCCAGGGAGCUUGAGGCAAUGCAAUAA